UGUGAUAGUUCGCGCAGGGUCAUGUUCAGGUCCAAGUCAGCAUGGACGGGAGAGAUCAACCGCGAGUACUACAUGUUUUGACUUUGUUUCUGUCGUUGAGAGAAGGUGAGCAGGGUCUGUGAUAAAAUAAUGGAGGAAGAACUGAAUUACGUGACAGUGACUUUCAACGCUGCUGGUAUUGCCACAAAUGAGCAACCAAACGACCUGGCAAUAAUCUAUGAGCAGGUUAAGACUGGGGAGCACGCCCGUGAUACAGAUCCCGUCAUACCAGAAAAUAAUAAGAAAGCCCCAUUGUAUACUCAGCUUCAUCUGGUGGCAGCAUGUUUGGGGACUGUCUGCAUCAUCCUGGUGCUGGUGGUCAUUGCCCUCAGUAUCUACUUCAACAAAGUCAUGUCGGAGCAGCACAGAGAAAACACCAACUUAACAGCACAGAAUCUGCUGCUGUGGAGAGAAAAGACUGGCUUAGAGAGACAGAUAGAAGACCUGACCAAAGAGAAAGAUGGACUGAACUGGACCAUCGGAGUCAUCCUUGAAUAUGAGAACUUUGCAGUGAAUACCCACUGCCCACAGAAAGUGUGUAAACCUUGCCUGGAUGGCUGGGUGCUGUUUCAGUCCAAGUGUUAUCUGUUUACUCAACAUGAAUUUUACUCCAGUUGGCGAAAAUGGAAGGACAGCCACAACGAAUGCAGAAAAACAAAUGCGGACCUGGUGGUGAUUGAAAGCCAAGAAGAACAGGAGUUCAUCAAUAACCACACAAAAGCCUACAGUGAUGUAAACCAUGGCUAUUGGAUUGGCUUGAGUAAGAUGGACGACAUGUGGACAUGGGUGGAUAGAAGCAAUUUCACUGUGGCGUACUGGAAGACAGAAAAAGCUGGCUAUAAAACAUCUUGUGCUCUAUCUCAGCCACAUGCAGAUCCCUUGGCCAACUGGCACAAGGCAAGCUGCGAUAUGAAGAACCGAUGGAUCUGUGAACAAAGAGCCUUAGUUAAAGAGUCGGAUGGAUCAUCCACAUUAGCUAUCUGACAUUUAAGAAAUGCUGUUAGGUUUUUUUGUUUUUGUUUGUUUUUUUGCAAAACCGAUAUUGAUACAAAAUGAUUUACUGAUAUGAUACUAUUUUUACAACUAAAGACAUAAUCAUAAUAAUCACAUAAUCUUUUUGUAUCUAUUUCACCAGUCAUCAUCUUUGAGGUCUAUACAUGGCCGGCUUGAAUUUUGUCAUAUAUUAAAGUGAGAAGAUACAUUUUA